UGUCAUUUCAAUUCAGUCUCCCGCUGGCAACCGACGGGGUCGGACGUGUCGCUCGUUCGAAUUAAUACCGCGAGUGUUCUAAACGCGCGUGAUAAAAAUCUGCUGGCGAUAUCUGCUAAUAGUACUGGCAUAACGCAGCGAACACUGUCCCAAAAUAAAAUCAACAGCCAUAUGACGCGAGCUCAGCACUGAUCCGCAACAAGAAACACAUACAAAAUGUCAUCAAAAGCUAUAUACGAAGCGACCGGGAAAGACCUUAUCAAUAGGCACAUACCGGCCGGUACCGCGUUCGAGCCAUGCCGAUUCGUCACAAUCGAGCAGGGCACUGUCUGGGAGGAUGUCAUUGGCAAGAACCCGUGGCUCACCAAGGAGUCGCUGGUGGUGAAGCCGGACCAGCUGAUCAAGCGGCGAGGAAAACUAGGUCUGGUCGGUGUCAACAAGAACGCCAGUGAAACUCGCCGCUGGCUGGCCGACCAUAUGGACAAGGAACAGCAGAUCGGCGCGUGCGCAGGCAAGCUCAGGCACUUCAUCGUCGAGCCGUUCAUCAAGCACGAACAGAAUGAGGAGAUGUACCUGUGCGUCCAGUCGGGGCGUCGCUCGGACACCAUCCUGUUCCACCACCAGGGGGGCGUCGACGUCGGCGACGUGGACGCGCUCGCCGUCCGCCUCGAGGUGCCCGUGGACACGUUUCCGUCGGGCGAGGAGGUCGAGCGUGUUCUCCUGAAGAAUGUGAAGUCACAUUCGAUUAGAAGAAUACUAACAGUGUUCAUACACUCGCUGUAUAAAGUGUAUGUGGACCUCCACUUCACAUACAUGGAAAUAAAUCCUAUAGUUGUGACGAACGAACGUAUUUACCUUUUGGACUUAGCGGCUAAGCUGGAUCAGACGGCCGACUUUAUUUGCGCCAAAAACUGGGGGGAGAUCACCUUCCCUCCCCCCUUCGGGCGGGACGCGUACCCCGAGGAGGCUCAUAUAGCUGAUUUGGACGCCAAAAGCGGUGCCAGUUUGAAGCUGACAAUUUUGAACAAAUCCGGUCGCAUUUGGACGAUGGUCGCCGGAGGCGGAGCCUCUGUCGUGUACACAGACACAAUCUGUGCUCUCGGGGGCGCUGCGGAGCUGGCCAACUACGGGGAGUACUCCGGAGCGCCGACGGAGGGCCAGACUGCGGACUACGCCAAGACCAUCUUCAGUCUCAUGUGCAGGGAGAAACACCCCAACGGGAAGGUGCUGAUCAUCGGCGGUGGGAUAGCGAACUUCACCAACGUGGCCGAUACCUUCCGCGGCAUCAUCACCGCGAUGGAGACUUACAAGGACGCGCUCAUACAAUACAACGUGACCGUCUUCGUGAGGAGGGGCGGGCCCAACUACCAGGAGGGGCUCAGACAAAUGCGCGAGGUGGGCCACCGUCUCCGCAUCCCGCUGUACGUGUUCGGGCCCGAAACCAAGAUGACGGCCAUCGUGGGCCUGGCGCUGGGCCACGCGCCCGUCCCGCCGGAGCACCAGCUCGACUUCGCGCCCGCGCAGCUGCCCCGGUCGGCGCCCGCGCCGAAGGUGAACCUGGAGCUCCCCGAGCUGAGCGACGCGCUGCUGACGCUGGCGUGCGCGCAGGCGCCGCGCAGGCCGCAGCCGGCGCACGCGCACGCGCACGCGCACGCGCACGCGGGCCUCUUCAGCGACCGGACCAAGGCCAUCAUCUGGGGCAUGCAGAACCGGGCCAUACAGGGCAUGUUGGAUUUCGACUACAUAUGUCGUCGCGCAGAACCUUCUGUCGUCGCCAUUGUGUACCCAUUCACGGCUGACCAUAAACAAAAGUAUUAUUUCGGCAAUAAGGAAGUGUUCAUACCCGUGUUCAGCGACAUGGACGUGGCUAUGCGCAAGCAUCAAGAAGCGACGGUCCUAGUCAACUUUGCGUCUCUGAGGUCAGCGUACGAGAGCACCAUACAGGCGAUGCAACACCCGCAAAUAAACACUAUAGUAAUCAUCGCCGAAGGAAUUCCUGAGAAUAUGACGAGGAAGAUCAUCAAAUUGGCCGACACUCGUGGUGUGAACAUAAUUGGGCCGGCGACAGUCGGCGGUAUCAAGCCGGGUUGCUUCAAGAUCGGCAACACGGCCGGUAUGAUAGACAAUAUCGUCGACAGCAAACUGUACAGACCUGGCAGCGUUGCUUACGUGUCCCGCUCCGGCGGUAUGUCCAACGAGCUGAACAACAUCAUUUCCAAGAACGCCGAUGGUGUGUGCGAAGGUGUGGCCAUCGGAGGUGAUCGAUACCCAGGGACUACUUUCAUCGACCACCUGCUCAGAUACGAAGCGGAUCCCAACGUGAAGAUGCUAGUGCUGCUCGGAGAGGUGGGAGGCGUGGAGGAGUACCACGUGUGCCGCGCCAUCCGCGACGGGCUGAUCAAGAAGCCCAUGGUCGCCUGGUGCAUAGGCACCUGCUCCGACAUGUUCACAUCGGAAGUGCAGUUUGGUCACGCGGGCUCACUCGCGGGCUCCGCCCUGGAGAAGGCGGUGGCCAAGAACGCCGGGCUCAAGGCUUACGGCGUCACAGUGCCGGAUUCCUUCGACACGUUAGGGGACGCUGUCAAAGAGGUGUACACGAAACUAGUGAAAGCCGGCCAGAUCAUAGUCAAAGAAGAAAUCGAGCCACCCAAAGUACCCAUGGACUACGAUUGGGCAAGGAAACUGGGCAUGAUCCGGAAGCCGGCCGCGUUCAUAAGCACGAUAUGCGACGAGCGAGGCCAGGAGCUGAGCUACUGCGGGGUGCCCAUCAGCCAGGUGCUGGAGCGGCAGCUCGGCGUCGGCGGCACCAUCAGUCUGCUGUGGUUCCAGCGCGAGCUGCCAGAAUGGGCGGCCAAGUUCAUAGAGCUGGUGCUGAUCGUAACGGCCGAUCACGGGCCCGCCGUCUCCGGCGCUCACAACACGAUGGUCACCGCGCGCGCCGGCAAGGAUCUCAUAUCGUCUGUGGUCGCCGGCCUGCUUACCAUUGGUGACCGUUUCGGCGGAGCCCUGGAUCGGGCCGCGGUCGAUUUCUGCGCGGCGUACGACAGGGGCCAGCACCCGCAGGACUUCGUCAACGAGAAGAGGGCGAAGGGAGAACUCAUCAUGGGCAUCGGGCACAGAGUGAAAUCCAUAAAUAAUCCAGACUCGCGCGUGCGCGAGCUCAAAGCGUACGUGACGUCACGCUGGCCCGCGUGGCCCGUGACCCGCUACGCGCUCGACGUGGAGGCCAUCACCACCAGGAAGAAGCCCAACCUGAUCCUCAAUGUGGACGGAAUCGUGGCCGCUGCUAUGGUCGAUCUGUUCAGACAUUGCCAGCUUUUCACGCAAGAGGAAGGCAACAACUAUAUUAAAAUGGGCUCAAUCAACGCACUUUUCGUCCUCGGUCGCACUAUCGGGCUUGUGGGCCACUACCUCGACCAGAAGAGGAUGAAGCAACCCCUGUACAGACACCCGUGGGACGACAUCACAUACAUGUCGCCAUUGAACUAAGGUGUUACAGGUCAAUAACCGGUUUUGACAGGUCGCAACUAGUUAUAACCGGUUCUGAGUUGGUUGAAACCGGUUUCGAGGCUAUAUUACGUUUGGAGUUUGUUUUUUUUUUUUAAAUUAUGGAGAAAUAAUAUUACUGUACAACGAUGUUUUAAGCUUGCAACAUAAUACGCCUAUUUUAAAAUGUAAUUUCAUAAAAUUAUGUUCAUAAUGUUGUCAGUGUCUUUUCAUUUUGGACGGAUUAGCGUUUUAAAUUUCAUUUUGUAGUGAACUUGAAUAUAUUUAUGUGACAGUCAGAUGAUUGAAGAAUUUUAUAGUAAUUUAAAAAAGGUACGCGAUUUAAUUUUGUGUACACAUAAAAUGUACAGCCCUCAUACAGAAACACGUAUUCAGAAUUUUUUCCAAAUUCACUAAAAUAUAAAAUGUGUUGCUUUGUUUUUCCGUAUGACGAAAUGAACGACGUAUGAAAAAGAUCUGUUUUAUAGCCAAGCCAACUAAGUCAGUUAUAACUAGGGAUUUUUAUCCGCGCAACGAAAUAAAUAUGCUUAAAACACUAUUAGAUAAUUUUUUUACACAAAUAUUUCUUUGUGCGAAUAAAACUUAAUGUAUGCGAUGAAGGAAUAUAUGUUUUGCUUGAGUAACGGAUGAUCGGCUACACAAGGCUUGUUAAAGUCUUAAUAUCCUAUUGUCGUAAAGAAAAAGAAGCAUCUGGCUUUGUUUUUUCUCUCGAAAAUGAGCUUUUUAAUCUUAUUCGGAAUCAGGGAAAAGAGACUAAUCCGAAAAUCAUUUCAAUUAUUAUUCAAAAUUAUCAAAUAUCCACCAAAAUCCGUAUUCUGUUACUUGUAAGUUUUAUUUUUGACAUUUCCGUGAGUUCCAAUGACUCCCGCAAACUGAAAUACAGAUUAAUUCCUAGCUCGAUGUGUUGCUAAUUAUGUAACUUAGCCAUAAGAAACAUUGUCAUUAUAUUUUUAUUCAUUGACCUCGAAAAUUAUAUCAAAUACAUACCUGUUCUCCGUAUGACCGCGAUUGUUACAAAAACCCAAUUAUUUAUUACUCAAGCAAAGUUUAUUGUAUGUCUGACGGUUUAAUAGCCUCUAGUUUUGUUAGUUAGUAGUAAAUUUAGAGGGUUAAAUGUUAACGGGUUUCCGAACAAUCAUGGAGCGUGCGAAUAUUCAAAUUUGUAUGGCAAUGACCAACCCUUACCUUAAAAAAAUAUGGCCGUUGGUCAACGAUUUGACACAUCCGGUUGUCAAAUUCAAGUGACAGGGACAGUGAUCUGGAGUUAACGGAUUAUCUGGUGGGCAAAAUAUCCAAAUGACACCAUAAUAUACCUGUUUUUAAAUUGACACAUAUAUAACCUUGCUUUUAGGUUUUUUUUUAAUCUAACAAUUGAUUUCAAAAUUUAGGUAUUAAGGGUUGGUGAUUGGUAAAAAUGAGUCUCUGUUACACAGUAUAACUGCCUCGUCCAUUCCAUUUCACUAUUUAUUGCCCAGAUAUGGGUUUACGUCCGGGCGUAAACUGGGCGUAAAAGAUAAAACUGUCACAAUAAAUCUAGCCACAGUUGGCGUCAGACUUUCAUAGAUCUUACAAGGGAAUUAGAAUAUAGAUAAGUGUGUUUCUAUGUGAUGUAUCGUCAUUUCGUCUAUAUACAAUUCUGCCGUCAUAUGGAAAAAAAGCCGUUACACUAUUUUUUCUCAAAUUAGUUGCAUACAUUUUCGGUAUCGGCAAAAAUGAUAACGAAUAUGAAUAAAACUAAUUUUUGAAAAAGAUAUUUCGUCAGUUGCCUCUUCUUUCUGUAUGACAGUAGAAUGUAUAGUUAUUGUACGUAUGUCCCGUAAUUAUCAGCGACUUUAGUUUAUAAUAUCAAUAUGAACUAAUUAUAAUUUCAAAAGAACUCUGUGACACUAUAAUAAUUUUGUUUAGGUAUUUAAAAAUAGGUUAUACAAUCUUGAUAUGUGUCUUUUAAUUGAAAUAAAAUUUAAUAAUUUAAAUCUUUGCAAAUUGUGUAAUUAAUUAAUUACAUAAUUUGUAAUACGGUAAUAACUUAUUUAUAUCUCGGCGUGAUCUGAAUGCGGUCCUAUUGUUGUAUAAUCUUAUGUUGUUUUUAUGAUCUCCAGGAUCGAAUAUUUAAGUAAAAACACAUGUAUAGAUUGCGAACCAACACUUUUGAACACCUAAACAAAUUCAUUAAAAAGAAUUUUAUACAUGAACAUGUUCGAAUGAAAUCAUAUUUCUCGCAAAUUGUUUUCGUCAUUUGAAAUUUAUUUCUAGUUGCUUUAAAAAAAAUCUCAAUCAAUAUAGGCAAUUUUCCAAUUAGUCAGAUCACAUUAAAAAAAAAUUGUGCAGUCAACAGCACACCAAGUUACCCUGUAUAAAACUCUAUGGCUCGGUAAUAGCGACGAGUUUGCAAUGAAUUUGGUGGAGGUUGAUGUGCUAGUGACUGUACUAUCAUGUUUUUUUUUUAAUUCAAUUUGAACGUGUUCAUAUUACUUUAUAAGUACAAUAUAGAUCUUUCUAAGCUAAAUAUAUAUAUAUAUCAUCUGUUACACACGCUAUGAUGAUUUUUUAAUUCAAAACUAGCGGAUGAAUGAAAUAUUUUAAGUCAUAACAUUUUUAAUAACAACGAACAAACAAUUUUUUUUUUAAUUUAUUUAAUUACAUCAUCAAUAUAAAACUGAAAACGGUUUGUUAUAAAUUUAAUUUUGUACGCGAUUUUUAAAUUUAUCAAAAAAUACAAUUUUGUCAACAUCUCAAACCAAACAUUACAUAAGCUCGGACACUGUACCGGUGAACCGUUAUAAUUCGGUAUAUUUACCGGUAUAUCUACAAAUUAAGCGGUAUUAAUGCCGUUAUUAUAACCGGUAUUGAAAUAUAUGUCUAUGUUUUAUCGAUGUUUGGUAUACCGAUAUUGGCAUAAGAUAAUUGGUAUAACUUUUUUACCGGUAUUUAAAAUACCGGUAGGACUUUUUAUACCGAUAUUUUAAACCGGUAUUUAUUGCUCUGGUGAUGAAAUUUGUAUGCUUCGCCUCGCCUGCUUCUCAUAGAGACAAAUAUUUUUUUAUUGACUAUUCGAGUACACAGUAGAUAAGCUAUGUUGUAUUUUAUAUAACAUAAUAAAUUGUUGACAAAAAAUAAUUGCACCAAGUAGGUAAAUUUAUAUGAAAUGAGCUUGUCCAAAAUUAAAAAAAAAAAUGUUGAUUACGAAAUUUAAAAACAGAAUGUAAAAGCCUCUUAAAAACAGAGCAUACUUUAAGCUAAUGUUGUUUUGUCUUGUUCUGUCAAUGUCAAAUAUUGGAAAGUGUGAUGUGAUAGUGACAAAACUUAUUUUAAAUUAAAUAUAUUUUUUAUUAAUAGGAAGGUUACUGUUUUAUAUAUUGUUACAUACAUCAAUACCGUAAUUAUUUAAUAAAAUCUUUGUUUUAAAAA